AUGGCACCUAGAUUCAAGGAUGGUGACGCGGUGGUUGCCAUCAACGGCAAAUGGAUCUCAUGGACACAUACUGUCUUCGCGUAUGCCGCAUUCCUGAGUGCAUUGGUCGUGGGCUGCUUGCUGCAUUAUCACAAGAUUGUCCAAAAUGAACACUACGGCUACCCCGAUGAGUGGUUUCCAUCUGUCUCCGCCACGAUCGGUGAUCGAUAUCCCGAGCGAUCUUUUUUCCAGGUCUUCAUCGCCAUCACUUCCGGACCUCGCUUCGCUCUUGUUUUCUUGUGGUACAUCCUUACCGCACGCCCGAAUUCGGCCUUGCCCAAGAUUGUUGCAGGUGUGGGCGUUUUCCGAACCUUGACAUGUGGCGGAUGGACCUAUGUCACGUCUACCGACGAUCAUGACUGGCACGAUAUUUUUAUGAUCUCUUAUUUGGUCGCUACUCUGCCAUGGACGCUUGGCUGUCUUGCGCUCAGCCCCAACAAUCGGCGGGCUGUCAAAUACCGCAAGAUCAUGGCCGGCCUCUUCUUCGGAACCCUGGUGCCUUUGAUUUACUACUUCAUCCAACAUAAGGUCCACAAAGUUGCGGGAGCAUACACGCGAUACGCCUUCUUCGAGUGGUCCCUGAUCUUGUUCGAUGUCGGUUUCGACGCUAUUACCGUGCUCGACUUUGAAGGGUUUGAGAUUGUCGUCCGGGACACAAAGGGAGUGAGCAGAGGGAAGGGCAAAGCUGUGGGUAACACAUUCGGCGAGGGUUUCUUCUGGACCGAGAUCGUCGAUGCUGCCGCAGACGUCUACAAUGGGUUCGUUUUCUGGACUGUUGUGACUGGGUUGCCAGUGCUCGUGUGGUAUUUCCCCCUCUGGCAUAUGGGAAUCUCUGGCUACGAGGUCGCAAUCACGGCUGUCAUUUCUCCGUUCUUCCUUGCUAUCCCUUCUUUACGGCAGCUUGCUGUCAGGAACUUGCGCCUCCUUCAUCUGGUUUCGCUCUCUGGUCUCCUGGCCUAUAAGUUCCAGGACCCAGCGAACCGUCUUUUCGUGACCACUUUCUCACUGGCUGUGACUUGCACGGCUUGGACUGCUACUUUCUUUUCAGAGCGAGCCAACGCCCCUCGCUUGGAGUCACGCAUAUUGGCCUGGGGCAUUGGAUUGAUUAUGUCUGUCAUCGCCAAAUUCGCCUGUGCGACAAAUAACCCCCUGUGGCCAAUCAUGCACGGUGAGAAUGGUGGCUGGAACAAGGUUGGUCUUUUCCUCGCCGUUUUUGCUGUCUUGCGCUCCCAACGUCCGGGAACUACUAGCAGCGGUGACUAUCUACCCUCUGGCGGCAAGAAGGGCUCUGCUGUCCUGGCUGGCCUGGGCUUUGGAGGUCUGAUGUUCAUGAUCGUGUCUCUCUUGACCGACUCCAGCACCAUGAUCUCUUGGGUGUGGGAGGGCUAUCCCGUCCGUGGACCCAUCGCCGUGCCUCAUGGGGCUGUCACUAUUUUCGUGAUGGGUGCCGGUCUUGUCUACGGUGUUUUCAAUCCUGCGAUCGCUGGUACCUGGACUGCUUAUGGCCUUGGAUCCGUUGGUGCAGCUCUUUUGACUUACUAUCACCACUGGACUGGAUUCUACGGCGGACUUGCCCUCGCCUUCUACAUCAUGGCUGUCUCUCCAGUUCUCAUCAGCUCCUGCGUGCGUCAUGGUCCAGCCAGCACUUUUGGUCUGGGCUUGCUUUUAUACGUCUUCCUCCUGCUUUUCCACGUCUGGGUUGUUGCGUACGCUUUUGUUCCAGGUGGUCCUCUUGUGCGUGAGCACACCGACUGGCUUAUGAUGACAACCAUGCUCGCUAUCGGCGCUGGUGUUUUCUCUGCCGCCACAACCAACUCAGGCCGCUCAUCUCGCAAAAAGCCUCUGAGCCCCAACAGCAAACGUCAGCGCUCCUACUACAUCUACGUUCUGGCAGCACUUCAAUUGCUGUCUGUCUCUGUCGCAUAUUUGCGCUUCCCGACCAACGACUAUGUUUCCCACCACAAGGAAGACAAGGUUGUCACCGCCGGUAUCUGGACCGUCCACUUUGGUCUCGACAAUAACAUGUGGGCUGCUGAGCGCCGCAUGCGAGAUGUUCUGGGUGAGCUCGAGCUUGAUGUAAUUGGCUUCCUCGAAUCUGAUAACCAGCGCAUCAUCAUGGGUAACAAGGAUGUGACCCAAUAUAUCGCUGAGGACCUUGGUUACUACGUGGACUUCGGCCCUGGACCCAACAAGCAUACUUGGGGCUCGGCGUUGCUGUCCAAGUUCCCCAUCCUCAAUUCUACUCACCACCUGCUUCCUUCUCCUGUUGGUGAGCUGGCGCCGGCAAUUCAUGCCACCUUGGACAUGUAUGGUGAGAUGAUCGACGUUGUGGUCUUCCACUCGGGCCAGGAAGAAGACCCCGAGGAUCGCCGUCUCCAGACUGAGUAUUUGUCAAAGCUCAUGGGAUCAUCUCCUCGUCCCCUCAUUCUUCUCAGCUACCUGGUCACCAAGCCACUGGAGGGUAACUACAACACCUAUGUCAGCGAGCUGAGCGGUAUGAAGGAUAUCGAUCCUACUGACUGGGAUCGUUGGUGCGAGUACAUUCUUUACAAGAAAUUGAAGCGUACUGGUUAUGCUCGUAUUAGCCGUGACACGAUUACCGAUACUGAGAUCCAGGUCGGCAAAUUCGUCAUCGGCGAGCCUGAGUCCGAGGAGGAAGUUCGUGUGUCUGAGGACCAGGUCCCCGUUGGUCGCCGCUUCCCAGCGCUCUUCCGCGGUGAAGGUGUCCGUGGUCACCGGUACCAUGUCUUCGACGAGCCUAGGUAUUGGCAGUAA